UAGGGCUUAGGGUUUAGGGGCUAGGGUUUUAUGUGGCAAUGGUGAGUGACGGCGAGGGCAACAAGAAAGACAAGGAAAAGGAUCGCAAGAAGCGGCAGCAUGUGUCGAUCAUCGCCAGGCCACUAGCGGGCAAGCGCCUUUGUAAGAAGACGCUCAAGCUCGUCCGGAGAGCGGCUCAGAACAAGCAACUCAGGAGGGGAGUAAAGGAGGUCGUAAAAGCUGUUCGCCGGGGACAGAAGGGGCUCUGUGUAAUCGCAGGAGAUAUCUCACCAAUCGAUGUAAUCACACACUUGCCAAUACUCUGCGAAGAGUCGGACAUUCCUUACAUCUACGUUCCUUCAAAAGAGGAUUUGGGAGGCGCCGCCGCUCAGAAGCGUCCGGCUUGCUGCAUGCUGGUGCUGUUAAAUCCUGUCAAAGGCAAGCUGGAGGACGAAGAAAAGCAAGGCUUCAUGGAGGAUUACACGGACGUCUCCAAAGAGGUCAAGUCUCUCGCCAGCACAAUCUACUAAAAUUCCCGAUCUUUGUCUGUGAUUUGAUUUGUCUCGAGACAGGAGCUCCAACUUAUGCUCGCUCGAAGUUUAACAUUGACAAAUCUUUGUAGAGACCAGGAUCAAUCGUAGAAGGUUGUCAGCUUCUUCUAUUGUACGAACGCAAAUAUCACAUGCCGUACGUGGUUUUGUUUUCUUC